UGUUUUGUUUUUUGAACUAAAAAAGGGUUUAUGACAUUAAUCAAAGAUCCAGUUGAGAUAAAUCAAUAAUGUCUUUUGUUGCGACAAGGCGCUUUAUACCGCUAACGUUAGCCAAACAUACGAUCAUCUAAAGCGGUAUAGCAAUCACAAAAUGUAACUAAUAUAAUAUAUGACGCAGGAAAUGUCUCAUACAUGCUCACUUUAGAUGUUUUAACUGCUCGAGCUGUUUGAGACGGACACCACCAACAAGACGGCCGCGUUUAAAAAGGCUCAACAUGUUCACAGAGUUCUUUAGGGAUUGGUGAUUUUGCAACUAAAUAAAGGAAGUUGAUAUACAAUUUGUAGCCUUCCUAUAGGGUCAUAGUUGAUGCACAGACCUUCAUCAUGGUCAAACAGCAGCGGCGAACAAGAGACAGGUGUUUUUUACCUGCAUCUGGUAAUGCUGUGGCACAGGUUCGAUUCCCUGUUGGCCCUAUACAGAGGAGACCUCUGCCACAUCACCAGGUCUCGGGCAGGAAGUGGGUCUGUUCAGGGACAGGAAGCUCCACCACCACAGAGGGAGAUAGAAGAGAUAAAAAUGACCCAGGACCUGACGGAGGAUCAGGAGAGACAAAGAGGGGGAGACUGGAUGGGUCUGCUGAGUCUUCUGCAUCAUGUGACCAAACAGCCAAUGAAAGCAAGUCUACAGGAGGUGACAUUUCAUCCAGAGUUCCUCUUCCAGACCAGCAGGGGUCAGCAGAGCACAGUGAGGACAGCAGAGCUGCAGAGCUGCAGAAUGUGGGGUCCCUAAAGGUCACAAUCCAGCGGAGCAGUGAGAACAGAGAGUUUGCACAGGCAGAGAGAACGGUGGACAGAGAGAAUGGUGGACUUCAUUGUCACGUCUGUAACCUCUCCUGUUGCUCCGUGCAGGUGUUUCAAGAACACAUAUCAGGAGCAGAACAUGUGAAGAAACUGCAGGAGAUCACACACUCAAUCUGCCUCAAGACACAAACACUGCAGGACAGGGGGCAUCGGCCUCACACCAAACGCUGGUGUGACACCUGUCAGACUCAUUUCACCGGUGACGUGAUUGUCCAUCGAAGGACAAAACAACACAAGAUGUGUAAGCAGCUGUGUCGUCCCUUCUGUCCAGUGUGCAAGCAUCACUUCAGGACUCCAAGGAAGUUUGUGGAGCACAUGAAGUCUCCAGAACAUAAGCAGCAGGUGCAUCUCCAUGAGGCUCAGGAGGAGGAGCUGAUCACAGUCGACGCUGUUGGCUGCUUCAGGGGGGAGGAAGAGGAAAAUGAGGAGGAGGAGGAGGAGGAGGAAGAAGCAGCAGCAGCAGAAGUAGCUGAUGAAGAGGAGUCACAGGCAAAGGAGAAAGUGUUACAGACAGCUGAAACAGAGGACUACAACCCUCAUACUGCAUACGGAAAUAGUUUUGUGGUCCCUAUCUCUGGUUUCCUGUGUCAACUCUGUAACAAGUUUUUCCACAGAGAGACGACGGCGCGACAUGUACACUGCAAGACACACACACACUUCCUCAACCUACAGAGCCACAGAGCUCAGAGGACACUGGACAAAAGUGAAGAAGAGCGCACACCUGCUCUAACCUGACCUCUUCAAUUUCCCAUCAUGCAUCUUUGUGUCAUGUUGACGGUUUGUCAUGUUGUGUCAUGUUGACAGCUGGACAAUAGUUUGAAAUGUGCAAAUAAAUGAUGACAAACAUUUCA